UGGAUCUGUUGUAAAUGAUCCUUUCUCUUAAGUUACGUAUAUAAAUGACUAGUCGGUACGAAAAAGUGCCAGUUCGUUAUAUUCUUGUGCCUUCUGCUCUAAGAUGUACCUUGCGUUUUUGCUAGUUAGUAUUAUUCUAUCUGCAUCGCAGUGUCGCUCUCACCCAGUAGAACCCGACAGGCAGUAUUCAUUUGAUGGCAGAUUAUAUGAAGACUACAAACUAGUAUCAGACCAUAACAGAAUUAAACAGGAAACACAAACGCUUCUCGAAGUACCAAGGGCUCAAGGUAUAUUUCAGCUGCAGUAUGAGCCGCAAGGAGAAAAUUAUCCAGAAGAUCAACAUGACACUCAAAAUGUGGCGACAAUACCCACCCAAGAUAAGAAAGGCAGUAGACAAGCCGGGCGCCACACACACCUUCCAGUAGUUGAACAGUAUUUGAAAGAAGUAACGCCAACAACAAAAACAGUACAAACCGUAUAUACCCUAAAGACAAAAACGAGAUCGAAAGAAGAUCCAGUGGCUCAGAAUAUUCUGGCCUACCAUAACGCUUUCCUAGCUCAUCAGAAUGCAGCUUACGAGCAGCAAAGAAUUAACCAGCUUAAAAAAGAACAACAACAACAAUUGCAACAAGACAUUGUUCCUAAUUCUGAAAUUUUUGUUUCAAAACAAAUUCAAAAAGCGAAUCCUGUAGCAAGAACUGUCAUAAAGCCCAAGCCUGGAAGCCUUGAUGAAGAACUAGAAUAUUAUACUAAACUUCAGUAUCAUGAGCAGCAAAAAAAGGAAAAAACUGAGAGAUACCAAACAAAACAAACUGCUGCCGCUCAGACUCAAUUUAAAAUAUUGCAAAAUCCCGCAAAUUUUGCACCAGAACAAGUUAUCGCUUUACAACCGGAAGAACAUCAACAUCCUGCGACAACAAGAAUUGUUAAGCCAGCAGAACUUCCUCAAGAACCCCUUCUUCCCGAUAUAAAUAAUCAGCAAAAAGUAGAGUAUCAAUCACAAAGUCAGCAACCUCAAAUUCAAGAAAUUCGGUAUUAUCAACAGCAACCCCAACCAGAACCUCACUUUAUUCAGUAUCAGCCGCAGCACCUCAUGCCUAGCAGAAGUCCUGAGCGUCAACAAACUUACACAACUAAGAUUGUUAGGUACUCACCCGUUCAAGCAGAAUUAGAUGCUGGAACUAAACAAACAGUUAAUAUUAAUCAGCAACAAUAUGUUCUUGAAAAUCCAACAUACCAACAACAGAGAUACGAAAUUCAACAAAAUCGAGAGCCUCAAUAUAUUCAUGCUCAACUUCAAGGACUACAGGUUCCAAAUCAGCCCGAACAAGGAGCAAAUGCAGGACCCUCAGAUGAAGAUUAUCAACAAUCACAGUUUAAAAAAAGUCUAGGUCGAAACUCAAGUUUAAGAGUUUUAAAAACAGGCAAAUCAGUCGUGUUUAUAGGACAUGAUGAAUAAAUUUUACUUAAAUAUAUUUUUUUUACUUAAAAGAAAAUAAUUUAGAUUAUCGAUAUAUGCAUUAAAUAUGCAUUGAAAGAUAUAUGCUAUUGUUUUGAUUUUUGGAACUGCAGAAAAUAGCAUAACAGAAGAAGAAAUGUACCUGAUAUUUAAAAAUCAAAAGUUAUAAUCGUUUCUUAAGAAACAGACAGUUGAAUAAACUUGAACUUAUUUUUUAAUCAAUUUGCUUUGUCUAUUUAAUAUCUAAUAUUUCUUAUAAAUAAAUAUAAAUUAAAUUAUUGUAAUUUUAA